GCAAGCAGGAAGGCAGCAGUCAGUCAGCAAGCAGGCAGCACAUGAGCUGAAGACUGCACUCCCUCAGUCACCGGCCACUGUCACCUGGGCGCAUUGUAUCAGCGGCACUCCCGGCAGGAGGGGGCGGGGCGGCCUCCUGAGGUGCGGGGCUGACAGGAUGGGCGGGGAGACCUGCGCACGUCACACAGCCCGGACCUAGAAGAGGGCGCACGUCUGCUCGUGACAAGGGCACCUGCAUGAGGUGCCAGGAGAGGUGCCAGCCAUGAGCACAGCCCCGGUGUAGACGGCUCCCAGCACACCAGGUGACUAACAAAAAGAUUCUAGGCACAAAGAAGCAGGAAGACUUUACUAAUUCUACAGUUCCAGACCUAUGGAGAACCAACUUUCUAACUGAGACCAAGCUCUCGAAAUUAGACAUGGCCUUGCUACUUUUUGGAGCGUGCUUCUUCUUUAUUCAGCCUCAAGGAGUGUUGUCUCGGCCAACCUCGAUCGAUGUAAGGAUCUUUACAUCACCCUCUCCAGCUUACGAGCUGAAGGACACCUCUCAUCUCAAUGGCACCUACCAGCAUUUGCCGCACACCAUUAUUAUUGGAGUACGUAAAGGGGGGACUAGGGCUCUGUUAGAAAUGCUCAGCCUACAUUCCGAUAUUGCGGUGGCUGAGAGUGAAAUACAUUUCUUCGACUGGGAAAACCAGUACGUGAAAGGUCUACCUUGGUACUUGAGCCAAAUGCCUUUCUCCUACUCUCACCAACUUACAGUGGAGAAGACUCCAGCCUAUUUCACAUCAACUCAUGUUCCUGAACGCAUAUACAAUAUGAACAGCACCAUUAAGAUCUUGCUUAUCUUAAGAGACCCUAUUGAGAGAGUCUUAUCAGACUAUACCCAAGUCUAUUAUAAUCACUUGCAGAAAAAUAAGACCUAUCCUCCGGUGGAGAGUCUACUUCUAAGAAAUGGUGAACUCAAUAUCGACUACAAAGCCAUAAACAGGAGUUUAUAUUACAGUUAUAUGGAAAACUGGCUGAAAUACUUCCCACUCCGAAACAUUCACAUUGUUGAUGGUGACUAUUUGAUUAAGGAUCCGUUCCCCGAAAUUCAGAAGGUAGAGAGGUUUCUGAACCUUUCCCCUCAAAUCAACGCAUCCAAUUUUUACUUCAAUAAGACCAAAGGGUUUUACUGCUUACGGGACAGUGGUCGGGAGCGCUGUUUACACGAGUCCAAAGGACGGGCUCACCCACACAUAAGCUCUGUUCUUUUUGGGAAAUUAUGUGACUACUUUUAUGAACCCAAUAAGAAAUUCUUUGAGCUUGUCGGGAGGACAUUCGAUUGGAUGUAGAUAAGAGGUUAGGUUGUAACAUUAACUUUUUUUUAGAAAUGUUGCAUUGUAUUUAAUAAGAAUAUUUAAGCUAUAAGUUAUUUAUAAAUUGCAUCUUCUGGAAAGGACUCGGAUAUGAAGAAAUAAGCUAGUUAUAUUUUUAUACUGUAACUGUGAAUACUCUUUGUAUAGAUUUUCUUGGAUAAUAAACGAUAAUUUUUGAAUAUAACAAAAUCCUAAUUUUUUUUGAUACUUCUGUUGCAAAAAAACCUAUUUUUCUAUUUGUCUUGUUAGAUUUUAUUUUCCAUCUUUAUAGUUUCUAGAUUGAUAUGCAAUGUUUUAACCUGACCAUAUCCAAAAGCUAAGCAAUUAGAGGGCACAGUAGCUCUGUUUGCAGAUUACUAGGCAAGUAAAAGUUCUUAAAUGAAGGGUGAAUCGGUUUGCCAAUUUUGAUAUACAUUUUUCAGUGCUUCGACCUCAGUCCUGUGCAGGAUUUGUGGUGUACAGAUCUGUAACACAGCCCACAUAGAAUGCCAAAGGCCCAUAAUGUACCUCGGCCCAUGCUGUAUUUCAGAAGUACUCUACCCUAGAAGCUUUGAGAUCAGUAGGGACUCUGUGUGCUGAAGUACAGGCUAUGUGCAUGUGAAACUGGGAAGUUGUCAAAUUCAUCUUACCUGACAAAUGAAUAAAGAUUUGGAAUUUGAUGUGAGAACAGUAAAUUGGGUACUUGAAAAUCAUCUUGUAACCUUUUAGCAAUGAAUUGUUUUUUUAAAGUAAUCUGAACUUACAUAA